AUGAAUGAUAUUCGACUCAUUUCAGUCGUAGAUUAUUUACGACUUUCAAAGUCAAAUGUUCACGAGGAACAUCUCACAAAGAUACGAGAUAUCUAUCGGAGUGUAUUACAUUUGUCAGCGGAUACUCCAGUACCACAGAACCCAAAUGAGGAGGCAAUUAAAGAAGUAGCUCGUCAGCUUGGUCUUUCUACCGAUACAGAUGAGGAUCGUGAAUACCUGGAUGAGUGUGUCAGAUACCAAGACAUCAGUGAUUCUAUCACGGUUGUCAUAACAAAAUUAGCUGGUGACGUAAAACCGAUCGAUGAUUUCAUAUUUGAACCAGUCCAUCCUCCUGCUUCUUCUUCUCUUCCUUCUCUUCUUCCUCCUCAAGCUCGACCAACACCAUAUCUUGGACAAUAUGCACCACAUGUUGCGCAAGAACCAAUAGCUAUUACUGAUAUUGAUUGUUUAUUAACUUUUAAAAUAUUAAAUGAUGAAAUACAACAAUUUAUCCAUUCAUUUCUAUUACAAGAUAUCAAACUACUGCAUAGGCGAACCAUUACUGAAUCAAUAGCAAGGUGCAUCCGUUUUGGUGAACAAUUUUAUCUUGAAAAGAAUUGUCUGAUCAAUCUAUUUAUACGACAGAAAUUACACGAUCGUGAUAUUCUCACAUCAUCAAGCAACCAUCGAAACUCGGACUGUUUUCGUUUGAUCGAAUCUGUGAGUUUGACCGAUGAUUUUGGAACAUGGCAAUACGAUCAUUGGCGUGAUGUCCUCGAUUUAAAAUUGUCACCUCAUGGAACUAAUACUCGAUUUCCUGCUAGAUGGAAAUUAGCCGAUGACGCACGCAUUCAUUGUCUCAUAACUAAUGAUGAUUUCACAAGAACAGAAUCAUCGUCAUCCUAUAAUACAAGACCACGCACAGCAUCACUCAAUGUAUUUGUGCAUGAUGUAUGUAUGCAUGAAAAUAACGGUCAAGAAGAUAUAUGGCUGCGUGACUUGUAUAAAGAAGAUAUACGCACAUUUGAACAUUUAGCCAAUUUACGACAAUCGGAAUGGGACAACAUCCGUGCAUUAUCGAUGAAUGCUAGGAAAACAUUAAAAGCAGCUGUUGAUCGUAUACGAGAAACUAUGGCUGAUGAACGAUAUCAACAUAUAUCAUAUGAUUCAGAUCAAGACGAUGACAACGACAUGAUCGACAACAGUACAGGCUCAGAAUUACUAGCCAAUCUUCACUUAAUAAAACUUUUUAUGUGUUAUACAUUACGUGAAAAACGAGCUUUGAGACAGCUUGGUAUAUUAUCCAAACUCGAGGCAAAUUGUUUAGAUAAAGUGUUUGAUGAGAUGCGGAAAGAAGGUUUUGCUGAUGAUGGUCUCUUUGACAAAAUGGCGGAAUUCUUUCUUCCACUAACUAUAUCUGAGCAAGAAUUAUGCAUAGAACGUGGACUGGACACACAGAAACGUCAAACAUUAAAGAAAAAUCAGGAACAAUUAAUCAUUGACAUCAAUAAAAAAACGAACGACAUUGAUGAACAAAAGAGAAUUUUUUGGACAUAUGACGAUCAAAUAAAUUUAUUAGAAAAGAGUUUGAAUGAUGUCCGAGACAAUUAUUUUCAUAAGCGAUUAACGAUGAUUCCAGGACGUGGUGAUGGACAACAGCAACAAGAAGCACAAGCACUACAACAACUUGACAGAAAAUGGCAUCAACAAGAAGGUGAACUGGCUAGGAAGAUUAACGAGACAAAUAAACUGAAAAAAGAUCUUGGAAAAGUUAUCGAGGAUUUGGAGAUAGAACUUGACAACAGCAGUGCACGUUUGAAAAAUAUAGAGAUAGAACUUGCUGCUGCUCCUAAGUAUGUUGAUAAACAACUUGUUAAGCCUGCUCGGGGACUUAUUAUGUACGGACCACCUGGCACAGGAAAAUCUGAAAUUAUGAGUAAAUUAGCCGUGAAAUUAGGCAUUGUAAUGGUCGGUCCACCAUUAGCAGCUGGCGAGUUAAAUCGCCCACUUGUUGGAGAAAGUGAACGAGUAUUGAUUGCUUUAUGUCAAAGAUGUUAUCGGAUUCCGUAUGCCAUGUGUUGCAUAUCAAUCGAUGAAAUAGAUUCAUUAGCACCAAAACGUGAUGAAGAUUCCAGUGAAGGCAAAGUUGACAAGAUCUCUGUGCUUUUAUCACUAAUCGAAGGGAUUAAAGAUGUUCCAAAUCUAAUGAUUUUAUGUGCAACAAAUAGAUUACAUAUGAUGGACGAAGCAUUUUUACGUCGAAUGUCUGGAAAAUUUUUUGUCGGAAGACCAUCAUCAAAUGCACGUAUCACUAUUCUUAAAAGUAUACCAGAUUGUGCUUUGGAACCUGAAAUCCUUGAUCAUCUAUCAGUUGCUACAACUAACUUUAGUGGAGCAGCUGUCAGAGCACUGACUCGAAGUAUUACUGUAAAAUGUAUUGCUGAACGACGUACCAAUAGAAAUUAUCAAGUAAAUUAUGUUGAAGCACUAGAAAUAGUUGAUCGUACUGCUCAACAAUAUCAAAUUUUGUUUGGCAGCGAAACAUUACCACGGCUUCUGUUACGUAAUUUGCUCAGUGGUUCUCCUUUUCACAUUCAUCGAUUAACAAAUAAUUCUAUCUAUACUGGACGAAUUGUAGUAGAUUUAUAUAGUAGUUAUGUACGAAUUGAAGUACGUAAACGACGUGCCAAUCCAACAAAUCAUCAUUUAUCAAUCAUCGAACAUGAACUUCAUCCAACUGAGAUAAAUGUUCAAACAUUACUCGAACGAUUGACUUCCUAUGGAAAAAAUAGAAACGUACAAUUACUUCAGUUAGUCGAUUUGAAUUUACUAGCUUCACAAGGUGCUUAUGACGAGAAAAAAGUUUUUGAAACAUUAAAGGAUCGUUUUGAUGAAUGUGUUGCUUAUACUCGUUCAAUGAUUGUCUAUGAUCUCGAUGCCUUAGUUGGUGUCAAUAAAUCUGAAUCGGAUUCGAGUAUGGGUCGAUCGACUUCAUCAUCUGUUGUUAAUCAAAGUAUUUAUACUUAUGUACGUGCAAGAUUUCGUGAUUGUGCUAUUGAAUAUGACCAAGGUAAAUCUAAAGACAAAAUUGAACGAUGGGCUGUGGUUGUUAUUCGUGAACCAUUUUUAUUGCGACAAUUUUGUACUGAUGUUCAAUUCGCUCGUACUCCUAAGGAAGAACAGGAACUCGAAUUGGAACGACGUAAAGCAGAAGAUCAAAUAAAAUGCAUGAAAUGCAAAGAUUUUUAUAUUGAAAAUGAAAAUAAAAUGGGUAAUUGUGUUCAUCAUGAUGGAUUUAUAUAUGAUAAUUCAGCGGCCGAUUUAACAAAAUAUACUCAAAGUCAAGCAAUGAUGUUAUUAAGCAAACUUGAAAGUGAUCUUAUCAAUGAUGAUGAACGACGUGACGAACUCGAACGACAAAAAACUAAAUUUAAAUGGAUCUGUUGUGAUGCAGUGCUCGUUAGUGGAAAUAUUGCUGGUUGUAAAAAAGGAAAACAUGGCUUCAAUGUUAACGACAAUGACAAUCCACCACAACGACAACUUGAUGAUACUAUAGUUGGUGACUUGACUCAAGCCACUAUUCAGCAAUGGGAAGAAGCUUGUUCUCUUAACGAAGAAUAUAAUGACAAAUGGCUUUUCUUAUUACAAAAUCGUGGUUAA